CGGGGAGCGAGGCCGGAACCGCGGAGCGCUGCGGGACUCAUUCUGUGCGGGACUCACUCUUUCUCUCUGUGCGGGACUCGCUCGCUCUCUCUGUGCGGCUCGGUGCGGAGCGCGCAGCGCUGCCGGCCGGUCCCAUGUCGGCUCCGUUCGAGGAGCGCAGCGGGGUGGUGCCCUGCGGGACGCCCUGGGGCCGCUGGUACCAGACGCUGGAGGAGGUGUUCAUCGAGGUGCGCGUCCCGCCGGGCACCCGCGCCAAGGACGUGCGCUGCAGCCUGCGGAGCCGGCACAUCUCCCUGGCCGUGAGCGGGCAGGAGCUGCUGCAGGGUAAACUUUUUGACUCUACAGUAACUGAUGAAGGAACGUGGACCUUAGAAGACAGGCAGAUGAUACGAAUUGUUCUAAUGAAGACAAAUAGAGAUGCUGGAAAUUGUUGGACAUCUCUGUUAGAAAAUGAAUAUGCUGCUGAUCCUUGGGUGCAGGACCAGAUGCAAAGGAAACUUACACUGGAGCGCUUCCAAAGAGAAAACCCUGGGUUUGACUUCAGUGGGGCAGAAAUUUCUGGAAACUACAGCAAAGGAGGACCAGACUUUUCUAGUCUUGAAAACUGAACUUUUUAUAUAUGAUCCUUCAGACAAAUUACAUGUUACAGUUAAAGACUGGAAUCAUGUACCUGUUGAAGACUUCAGUGAUCUCUUCAAUGGAUUGUUGUCAAAAGUAAUUACUUCAGUGAAGAGAAAGAAGCUCUUUUCCAGCAGAAUGAAGACAAAAUGUUACCAGCUGAUUUAUAAGCUGUGAUACUGAGGCACAGACUAUAGAGAAAGGUGUACAUAAAAAAGUAACAUCUUUAAGCAGAACAUUUGGUUUGGGUUUUUUUUUUUUUUAAGAAACACCAUAGUAAACAAAUCGGUAAUAAAUCUACUGCUUAUCUGUGGGGAUUUUCAACGCUUAUCUUAAUGCAAGGGUAUCUUCUUAUUCUUGCUUAUCUACACUUGGGAAGGAAUCUCCCCAUGCACCAGGCUGGGGCACAGCUCUGUGGAGAAGGACUUUGGGGUUCCGGUGGACAAUGAGCUGUCCUUGAGCCAGCAGUGCCCUGGGGGACAAGAAGGCUAAUUAUAUCCUGGGGUGAAUCAGGAAAAACAUUGCUGUAAGAUCAGGGAGGUGAUCCUGCUCCUCUGCUCAGCCCUGGUGAGGCCAGAUCUGGUGUGCUGUGCCCAGCUGGGCUGCUCAAGACAGGAGGGACGCGGAGCUUCUGGAGCGAGUUCACGGAGGCUGUGGAGGGGAUUGAAGGAUAUCCCUAACAGGAAAGGCUUUGGGAGCUGGGGCCAUUCAGCCUCUAGAGGAGACACAGCUAAGAGGGGACCUCAUCCCUGUCUGUCCCUGUCUGCAGGAAGGGCUCAGAGCAGGGACCAGACUGUUCCAUGGUGCCCAGCAACAGGACAAGAGGCAUCCAACCAACCUUUGUUAAGACCAGCCUUUGUUCUCUAGGAUGCAGGA